AUGCUGCUGCCCCAAACUCAUGCAUCCAACUCGGGGGAGGGAGGACAAGAGGAAGAUCUGGAAAAGACCAACACCAUCAUCCCGCAGCAGCGUCCUUCUUUUUUUGUCUCCGAGUCUGCGCAACCACCCAAAACACAACACGACCAAGGCGGAUUCGAGCUCCAAGACUACCCGCAACCCAAACAGCCUCGCACAGCUGACGACACAGCUGACACCAAUCAACAACGCAACCUCAACCCAUCCCGUGACCGCGCCGCGCGCAGGGAAGAAAAGAAGGCCAGGAAGCGCUGCUGGCUCGAGGCACAGGACGACAUGAAGUUCUCCCACAGCAUCCAGUUCAAUGCGGUGCCGGACUGGAGCACGCAUUACAUCGCAUACAGCAACCUCAAGAAGCUCAUCUACCAGCUUGAAAAGGUUGUCCACCUGUCAUCUGGCGGAGACGGCGAGUCGCGCCCGCUAAUCCAACAUGAAGACCCCGAAGUCGUCUUCAUUCGUGCCCUGGAUGUCGAGCUGGAAAAGGUCUUGUCCUUCUACUCCGUCAAAGAAAGGGAGCUGUUUGAAGAGGUACAGAACCUCUUGCGCGACGUCGGCGCAUUCGAGGAGGAGGCCGGUGACACCGACCAAGAGCGCGAGCUCCGUCCCCCCACACGCGGGAGCGAACAACAACAACAACAGAGACCUUUCCGAACCCGGAGCGAAAGCCUGCCGAGCCGGACCUCGACCGACGAUGGCACCAACAGCGACAACAGUGACGAUGAGAACACCGGCCUGAACAAGCCUGCCAGAAAGAGGCGGUUAAGCUUGGGGAGGAGAAAAACAAGCACCAGUGUUCCUGGACAUAUGAUGUCCUCCAUCGGCGACAUGACCGCCUCUACAGAGAUGACCAGGUCUCGCAGAUAUAGCACUACCUACGACGAUGACUAUGCCGAGCAGGCUGCCUUGUUCUCCUCGGGUAUCAUGCUCAAGAAGAGGAUCAUCAACCUCUACGUCCAGCUGUGCGAGCUCAAGUCAUACAUCCAGCUGAACAGGACGGGCUUUAGCAAGGUCCUCAAGAAGUUCGACAAGAUCAUCGACAGACAGUUGCGGUCCAAGUACAUGGACACCUUUGUCGAUACUGCAUAUCCCUUCCGUCCAGAGACAACCAAGGGCUUGGAAGAACAGAUUCACCUGACGGUCCGCGCAUAUACGGAUAUUGUCACCAAGGGUGACGAGGAGGCGGCCACGCGCGAUUUGCGAUCGCACCUAAGAGAGCACGUCGUCUGGGAACGAAAUACGGUCUGGAGAGAACUGAUCGGUAUGGAGCGGCGCGCUGAAGCCGCAAGUCUGGGACAUACUCUUCUUGGGCGAGAUGCCGAUCCAACGAGCCACCGCCUUCAGGGCGACGAUGAGCUGGUGUUGCCGACCAAGGAAAUCGCAACACCGCUUGGCCACUUCAGACUACCUGCUUGGCUAGUCAGCUCAACUCUGAUGACCCUCAUCAUCAUCUUUGCCAUCUUCUUCGCCCUGCUCUUCCUUCCUGUUAUGAAGAAGCCCGAGCAACAAAAUUGCCUUGCGUUACUGGUACUGGGUGCCAAGGCGGCCACCGAUGCUGUCUUCUCGGCCAUGUGGACUCCUGUCAUCAUGCUUCUGCUUGGUGGCUUCACUCUCGCAGCCGCUCUCUCCAAGUGCAGCAUCGACAAGCGGAUAGCAACCUUCGUCCUCAGCAAGGCAGGAACAAAACCCAGGACGGUUCUCAUCGCCAACAUGGCCGUGGCUGCGGUAGCUAGCAUGCUAAUCAGCAAUGUCGCCGCUCCAGUCCUCUGCUUUGGUAUCAUCGAGCCCAUGCUUCGCAACCUCCCCGCCGGUUCCAACAUGUCCAAGGCCGUCAUCAUGGGCAUCGCCCUCGCCUCUAACGUAGGUGGCAUGCUUUCACCCAUCGCUUCUCCUCAGAACGUCGUCGCCAUCGGCCUGAUGGAACCCCCUCCUACCUGGGGCGAGUGGUUCUUCAUCGUCAUCCCCGUCGGCAUCAUCUCCCUGCUUCUCAUCUGGGCUCUCCUGCUCCUCACCUUCCAGCCGGGCAAGGGCACCACCAUCGUGCCCAUCCGCCCUGUCAGGGACCGCUUCACAGGUGUUCAGUGGUUCGUCACCCUCGUGACUGUCGCCACCAUCGGCCUGUGGUGCGCCUCCCACCAGCUCGAGGCCGAGUUCGGACACAUGGGUGUCAUCGCCAUCAUCCCCAUCGUCUUCUUUUUCGGCGUCGGCAUCCUCACCAAGGAGGACUUCAACAACUUCCCCUGGACCAUCAUCAUCCUGGCGGCUGGUGGAUUGGCGCUCGGCAAGGCGGUCAACUCGUCGGGCCUGCUGCAUACCGUCACCAGGAUGAUCACAGAGGGCGUCCAGGAUUUCAGCCUCUACGGUGUCCUGCUCGUCUUCUCGAGCUUGAUCUUGGUGAUUGCCACGUUCAUCAGCCACACCGUUGCGGCGCUGAUCAUCUUGCCGCUGGUGUACAAUGUUGGAAAGGGCUUGGACGAGCCGCACCCGAACUUGUUGGUCAUGGCGGGCGUUUUGAUGUGUAGUGCUGCUAUGGGGCUGCCUACUUCUGGAUUCCCUAACAUGACCGCUAUCAUGAAGGAAGACCCAGCUGGCCAGCGUUACCUACAAGUCAAGCACUUUAUCAGCCGCGGCGUGCCCAGCAGUUUGCUUACCCUUGUGGUCGUCGUCACGGUUGGGUAUGGUGCUAUGAGGGUUGUUGGUAUGUGA